GAAAGCACUGUUAAAUCAUACAUAAUAUAGAUAAAAAUGAAAUACUUAGCUGCUUACUUAUUAUUGGUCAACGCCGGUAACACCACCCCAUCUGCUGCUGAUAUCAAGGCUGUUUUAGAAUCAGUUGAAAUUGAAGUUGAAGAAGACAAAAUCUCUAAAUUAUUAGAAGAAGUCGAAGGUAAGAAUGCCGAAGAAUUAAUUGCUGAAGGUAACGAAAAAUUAUCUUCCGUCCCAACUGGUGGUGCUGCUGCUCCAGCUGCUUCUGCUUCCGGUGCUGCUGCCACUGAAGAAGCUGCUGAAGAAGCUGCUGAAGAAGAAAAGGAAGAAUCCGAUGACGACAUGGGAUUCGGUUUAUUCGAUUAGAUUUAACUCUAUCAAAUAAUUUCCAUUUCUAAUCAUCAUCCACUUCAUCAUAUAUAUAUUUGACAAUAUUAUAGGGUUUCCUUUUAUUUCGCAUUAGUUUACAUUAAAAAUGAAACUUCUUUAAUACUUUUUGUUGUAUAAUAAUAAAUAGAAAACAAGAAAAACCUACAAUAAAUAAUCGAUCAUUAUUGUUUAUUAAUCA